GUCCGAACAUCAUGUCCGCGAGGCUCCCGCAAGUUGGCAUCGAACGACUUCCCGCACGUCGCAUGAGCAACGAACCGCGAGAAUCAAUGAAUUGCAAAUCCUGUCGCAAACGGAAGGUCAGUUGGCCCGCCCACGGAAUCAAGUGCAAUCGGUUGCGACCGACUUGUGAGGCCUGUCAGGUCUUCCAGUGCCCGUGUAUAUAUGAUGCGGUGCCGAAGAAGAGAGGGCCCAAGACGGAUGUGUUGGAAGCGUUGUUGAAGAGGGUUGAUGGGUUGGAGAGGAGGUUGAAGGAUGAGAAGAAGUCGCAUUCGUCGAAUAAUGAGGGGGAGUCGGCUGCAGACAAAGAAAGUUCAAAUGGCGAUGCGAAACCAAAACGACCUCAACUCGACACAACAACAGUGGCUUCUGAGACAGCUGUCUAUUCUCCCACUCCUAUAAGUGAACCUUCUCCGCCGGCUGUCCAGCCUGAUGUUCUACUCGAUACAUACUUCACCCGGUGCCAUAGUAAGCCAUAUCAUAUCCUCGACGAAACGAGUACGCGACAACGAAUCCAAUUGAAUCAAAUACCAACGUAUCUUCUGUUUGCGAUCUAUGCCGUCAGCGCCAGGUAUACGGCGCAUCCCAAUGGAUAUCAUGCAGCGGUACGGCUGAGUGAGGAUUAUGCUCUGAGGGCGAGGACAGAAUUGGAUAUCGAUGACCCAUCCAUUGAAUGCUUGCAAGCAUUGCUUCUACUCAGAAUUGCAUUUACGGCGGCAGGGAAGGGAAAGAAGGCUUAUAUGAUGCUAGCAAGUGGAAUUGGAAUGGCAGUAGCUCUCGAAUUACAUCGAGAAUUCGACCUCAACACUAGGGUAACACCAGUAGAAAGGGAAAUGCGAAGACGGUUAUUCUGGACUUGCUAUCUCAUGGAUCGAUUUACAGCAUGCGGAUCAAAACGCCCAUCAUUAAUAGCCGACAAAUCGAUAUUAUUACGCCUCCCAUCAUGGUCACCGAAUCCAGCAGCAUUGCCUAUUGAAGGAGAGUUCUUCCAAAACGGAUCGAACCUACAAUACCAUUCUGGAACGGGCAAGAAAAGCCAAGGAAGUAGCGGCAUGCUCAUUGAUAUUGUACGAAUCCUGGGCAUCACAAAUCGAUACCUAGCAGCUGGAGGUGUAAAAGGGGAUAGUCAUUUCCCUUGGCACUCAUUAUCGAAUCUUUCCAAGAUCAGACAGGAUCUCGAUAUUUGGGCGUCUGGGACACAGGAUGUCUUUUCUUCCGUUGAUGCUCUGUUUGGCCAACCAGAUAGCACGACUCUUGUUUUGAGCAAGCUCAUUUAUCAUCUGAUCCAUUGUCUGAUCUACAGACCCUUUCUUCCUAUCGAUUUGGCAGAGCUUGCUGGGACGGGUCAACACCAAUCAUGGCAAAUCGAAGCCACGAAUCUCUGUUUCCUACACGCCAACGCCAUUGCAGAAUUAGUCGAACUAGGCAAACAAUCCGCCUCAAUAGAAUGGCCCGCCUUCGUCGGCUACUGCAUCUGCACCGCCGGCACCGUCCACGUCCACGGCACACACUACAAACCCAUCACCUCGCCCUCCUCCCCCACCGAAGUAUUCUCCACCUCCUCCGAAUUCCUGUCCCGCGAGAUGCAGCAGCUCUCCGAGCUCCGGUACGCGUGGUCCUCGGUACAGCACCAGCGCGAAACUUUACAGACCAUCUACAGUUGUCAUUCCGAGCUCGUCAAGAACCUCGCUUCGAACCCGAUGCGCUACUCCCCUGUUUUCCAUCUCGAGGAUUUCUUCGAUCGGUAUGCGGAGUUGGGCAUCGGCGGCAUCGAUGGUGCGAAUGUAAGUUUUUGCGACGUGAGGAUGGAGGGUUUGACGGAGGGGUUUAUGGGGCAUGAUCUCUAUGCUCCUAGGGGCAGUAAUGCAUCCUCUGGGGACUCUGUCGCGAGUAAACGCAAACCAUCAACGACAUCAGCUGCUCGAAAAAAACACAUCGAUCUCAAACUCUCGCACCGGAUUCCGGCGACAGAUCAAGGGCUGGGACAGCAGCAACAGUUAAUGGACCCCACGACGCCGUUCCCUGUGAAUGGAAACGGAGGCAUGCCGGAUCUAGCGCAUACCCCGUUCUCGCCGCCGUCGUCGGCGUCGUAUCAUCAUCAGUUUCCCGGGAUGGGCCAGCAGCAACAGCCGGCGGAUAGCUAUGAUCCGAUGUUUGGCAUGCCCCAGAUGGGGUUCUCGUACUCGACGACGCCGAAUCCUAAUGGGAUGAAUGGGGGAGGGGGACCGGGGGAGGGAAUGACGCCUGGGGGAGAGAGUACGGGGACGGGCGGGACGGAGGGGGAGAAGGAUCCGUUUUUGAGUUUGUUGGAGCAGUUGGCGGAGAAUGAACAUUCGAGGGGUGGGCCGAGUGAGUUGGAUUUCUUUUUGAGUGGGGGGAAUGGGUAG